AUGCCGGUUUGUGCGGUUCCCGGUUUUGUGGUGAAAGUAGAAAGUUGUGCGGAUUUUUGUCUGUGGGGAGUAGGAAGAGAAACGAUGAGCAAAUGGAAGGAUUUGAUUGAGCAAGAGAUGGCAGAGUUGGAGGAUGAUGGGCGGAGUACACCGUCAAGCGUGUUUAGCCUGCCAUUGUUGCCGGUGGUGAAGAGGUUGGAGGCCGUGCCAGGGCUGUCUUCACCAAAGUUGGCUCGUCGUGUUGGAGCUGACGGGGUAGUGCAGUUUCCAGGAGCUGUGCGGGAACUUGCUGAAGCAUUCUUGAGGUUUGACGCAGAUUGCUGGGCUCAAAUUCAUACGUUGGUGCCGGUGGUUGAUACCCAGGCUUGCACCGAUGCCGUGCGAGCUGGGUUGGAGCAGUCACUGUCUGCAAACCAAAAGCGGGUUGAGGAGCUGAGGACUGACAACCAGCAAAUGGAAAAUGAGGCUGCAGGAUUGGAGAGGCAUUGUGCUGCUGUGGAGGAGCAGAUGAAGCAGGAUUGGGCGUUUCUGGAAAGUGCAGGGAUGAUGGCAACGGCGGCUACGGCUCAGGCCAGGGAGGCCUUUUCAACGGCGGUCGCUGCAAGUGUGGUGGCUUUGAAGACCUCAAUUGGUGGGAAAUUCCCCUUGUUGCUGCCAAACUUGGUGGUGACGUGCAAGGAAGAAGGAUUGGUGAAAAUCUAUCGUGUCCAUGGAGGCGAUGGUGUGCAGAUUGCUGUUGGUCCGGAUUCUGACAUGAUGGAAGUAUGGAUGGACGAGGUGAAGGCGAUGGCUGGUGGGAGAUCGGUGCAGGAAAUGAGAAGACAAGAGGGCGAGUCGCAGCAAGCAUUAUAG